UUCCGCCACCUUUUUCUCUUCACCGUCUCCUCGUAUUUUUACAAUUCUACACUUUCCUUUUUCGGUUUUCUCUUUUUAUCAUUCAUCUUCUUAAACACUCUCUGAAAACCCAAAUAAAAAUUAUUUAGACAAAACUAAACAAAAAAACAAAAAUAAGAAGGCAACAAAUAAUCUGUUUUGAGAAACAUUUCAUUCUAUCUCCCUUAAAACUUUAGGCAUCGCCAGGUUGGGACGACACGUCAAGAAUGGCGCGCCGUCUCUUCACCUGCUUCGGCAAAGGCUCUUCUCAUUCUUCUUCCAAACAACACCAGACGUCUAACGACAAUGCAACGGCAGAUUUAACGGCGGAGGAGCAGAAACGGUGCGGGCCAGUGGUGGUGGAGUUAUUCUCAUCACAGGGCUGCGCCACCUCUCCUGAGGCGGAGCUGUUGUUUUCGAGGAUAGGAAGAGGCGAUUUUAACCUGGAGAUGCCGGUGAUUUUGUUGGCAUAUCAUGUGGAUUACUGGGAUUAUAUGGGCUGGAAAGAUCCAUUUGGGUCUAGUUUAUGGACCGUUAAACAGAAGGCUUAUGUUGAGGCCCUUAAUCUUGAUACAAUGUUUACUCCACAAAUUGUGGUCCAAGGACGAGCCCAAUGUGUUGCCAAUGAACAAGAUGCUCUCUUCUCUUGCAUCAAAUCUGCGCCCAGAUUUCCUGCUCCUUCCUUCCAGGUUUGUUGUAGUUACCAUAUUGUUGAUUUGAAAAAGAAUUGCUUUAGAUCAUAAAUGGGAAUCAUUAGUAGAUUUAUAAUGGAUAAUUGAAAAAUUAUAUAAUGAAUAAAAUGGUGCUUUUUGGUGU